CCUGCGCCGCCUGCGCCGCCUGCGCCGCCUGCCGCACCUGCGCCGGCACCCCUCGCCGCACCCGCGCCGCCCUCGGAGCGCACCAUCGCCCUCGAGCGCACCUCCUUCUUCCAGGAGCUCGAGCUCGACCGCAUCCUCGCCGCCUUCCGCCUCAACCCCUACGACAUCCUCGAGUGUCCGCUCGAGGCAGACGCAAAGACGGUGACGAAAAUCUACCGCAAGAAGAGCCUGCUCAUCCACCCCGACAAGGUCAAGGACCCUCGCGCCGUGCAAGCCUUCGACCUCCUCAAGAAGGCCUCCUCUGUCCUGCUCGAUUCCGAGCAGCGCGACACACUUGACGAGGUCGUCAUUUCCGCGCGCGUCAUGGUGCUGCAGGACAUGAAGCUGCCGGCAGACGUUGCGGCCGAGGAUGAGAGGCUGCAAGACCUGGUGCCUUCCUUUGAGGAGCGCGUGAGGAAACGCACGAAGGAGCUGAUGGUGGAUGAUGAGCUACGUCGUCGUCGAUCCAUCAAGAUGCAGCACGAAAGCGAAGGCGAAGAACAGCGCCGCAAAGAAGCGGCAGCGCUGGAGCGCAAGCGCAAGGCGGAGGAGAAGGAGACGUGGGAGAAUGGCCGCGAGGAACGCGUGGCGGGCUGGCGCACGUUUGCGAAGAGCGGCGCCAAGAAGAAG